AUGGCAGCAACACCUAUAAAAUUUUCCACACAAACUUCUGUCCUACAAAAAUCACCAGCUUCUUCACAAAAAAGACAAGAAGCUUCCAAGGCAUGGCUGCAUUUCGUGGCCGGAGGCACUGGAGGCAUGGUUGGAGCAACUGUAACUUCUCCAUUAGACGUCGUUAAAACACGCCUACAGUCAACGUAUUAUAUAUCAACACUUAAAUCAUUACAACAUUCAAAACGGGCAGCUACUCCGAUUAUAGGACAUUUUAUACAAACGGGCAAAAUUUUAUCGGAAGUGUAUCGUUAUGAAGGAUGGAGAGCAUUGUUCAAAGGGUUAGGUCCAAAUCUGAAAAUUUUGACAGAACUGAAUGGAGGUCACGAAACUUCGUUAGUUCAUUUAACGGCUGCGAUCACAGCAGGAAUUACCACAUCAACAGCAACCAAUCCGAUAUGGCUCGUGAAAACUCGAAUGCAACUUCAAUCAUCCUCAAAUACAUCAUCACAUAUCCCUAUGAAAUAUAAGAAUUCUUAUGAUUGCGUCAGAAAAGUUGUCCGGGAAGAAGGUGUACGAGCUUUGUAUAAAGGACUUAGCGCAUCAUAUUUAGGUAUUACUGAAGGCACUAUACAGUGGGUGACAUAUGAAUAUUUGAAAUCAACUUUUGCGAAAAACCGAGAGAGAAAGAGAAUCAUAUCCGGCGAUUUUAUAAAAUCUGAUGACAAAUGGCCAUGGUUUGAUAAAUUAGCCGCCGCUGCUUCCGCGAAACUGAUCGCUGCUUGCGUCAGUUAUCCUCAUGAAGUUAUCAGAACUCGUAUGCGUCAAAUUCCUGAACAUGGCGAUGUUAAGUAUAAAGGUCUAGUACGAUGUAUAAAGACAAUUAUUCGAGAAGAAGGUGUUGCGGCAAUGUAUGGUGGUAUGACUGCUCAUUUAAUGCGAGUUGUACCAAAUGCCGUUAUCAUGUUCUUCUGCUAUGAAGCAAUUUUACAUUAUGGUGGGGCUUCAAAGUAA